AUGAUUUGUGAAGUUUUCAUUCUUCUUUGCAGUUUUAAUGCAUUAUUAAUAUCUGCAGAUCUCAUUAGACAAACGGAUCUUGGCUUGGUCCAUGGCACAUUGGAACAAUGGGAUAAUAGAAGCGUGGAAUGCUAUCUUGGGAUCCCCUAUGCUGCACCUCCAGUGAACAUCCUUCGAUUUCAGCCUCCCAAGCGACAUCCUGUAUGGAAUAAUACCCUGAAUGCAACGAUGUUUGGACCAAUGUGUCCUCAAGAAUUUCUUGACGCUGAUCAAGUACAUGGCAAUGAGGACUGCCUCAAGCUGAACAUCUAUGUGCCACAUAAAAUGGCUGUUUCUAGCAAGUUGCUGCCAGUGAUGAUAUGGCUUCAUGGAGGGUCCUUUGUCCUUGGCUCUGGGAAUUAUAAGGCUCACGUGCUAGCUGACUUUGGCCAGGUUAUUGUAGUGACAAUCAACUACAGACUUGGGGUGUUUGGAUUUCUUUCAACAGGAGACAGUGCAGCAACUGGCAAUAAUGGACUUCUUGACCAACGCUUUGCAAUAUUGUGGGUAAAGACCAACAUCAAAAAUUUUGGUGGCAAUCCAGAGGCCAUAGUAAUAUUUGGACAGUCUGCAGGAGGUGUUAGUGUUGGAUUACAAUGUCUGUCACCUCUCAACACUGGACUCUUUAAUCAAGCAAUUUUACAGAGUGGGGUUGCUGUUGCACCUGGGACAAGGCAAGCACUUGAUGUAGUUGGUGAUGCAGGUUUCGUCGCGCCACUGGUGAUAACAAGUGACUUCAUAGCCAAUGCAAGAAAGAAUGUUUACAUUUAUUACUUUACUAAACACCCUAACACAUCUCUAUCACCUGAAUGGAUGGGAGCAGGGCACGGAGAUGAGCUUGUGUUUAUAUUUGGAGUUCCAAUAAUGGGAGGAUCACUUGUAGGAGAGAAGGAGUUGGCCCUGAGUCGACAAAUAAUGACAUAUUGGACAAACUUUGCUAAAACCGGUAAUCCAAAUUCACCCAUGAAAGUGCCAGUUAACUGGCCGAAGUACAACAAGAGAACCUCUCAUUAUCUCCAAUUGGAUAUCAACCUGUCGGAAUUGAAUGUAAAGAAACACCUAAAGCCCAGACGGGUUAAUUUCUGGAACCAGCUCAUCCCUAGAUUGCAGAAGGUUAAGGAAUGUCCGGUUACAAAGCCCCAAAAUGAUCCCUUGAUUUGGACCCAAAAUGGUCUUUUACGAGGUAUCAGGAUUCAGCAGAAUGGUAAACUGACAGAUAUUUUCAAAGGAAUUCCAUAUGCACAGCCACCUACUGGGGAAUUGCGUUUCCAAAAGCCAAGACCAUUGAAUUCAUGGAAGGGUAUUCGGGAUGCAAAAACAUAUGGAAAUAUCUGCAUGCAGGACCAAGUGUUCAAAAAGGAUGUCCAGGGUGAUGAAGAUUGCUUGACCCUGAAUAUAUGGAUCCCGAAUGGCAUUCAAGAUGCAUUGAAGAAGAAACUGGCUGUCAUGAUUUGGAUUCACGGAGGAGCAUUUGCCAUUGGAUCAAGUCAUGGCAUCGGUCUUAUAAACAGCUCUUUGUAUGAUGGCAAUGAACUGGCCCCGGGAGAAGUCAUUGUCGUGACUGUCAACUAUCGUCUGGGUGCACUUGGCUUCCUCAGUACAGGAGAUGACAACGGAAGAGGUAACUAUGGCUUGUGGGACCAACAUACAGCCAUAGCCUGGGUGAAGAGCAACAUUGCAAACUUUGGAGGAAAUCCAGAGCUCAUCACUCUAUUUGGUGAAUCUGCUGGAGGUGCCAGUACAAGCUUCCACAUAAUAUCACCAGUCAACAGAGGCCUCUUCAGACGUGUCAUUUCGCAGAGCGGUGAUGCCCGGGCCAUUUGGGCUGUGAAUCGAAACCCACUCCGUACUGCCCGUAGAGUUGCCCGGGCUGUGGGAUGCCCACUGGAAGACAAUGCUGCCAUGAUGUUCUGCCUCAGGCAGGUGCCUGCUAAAGAUAUCGUGUUGGCUAUUCGAGUGACAGAGUUGCUUAACAAAGAGAAGCUGAUCUUUUUUCUUCCAUUUGUCCCUACAAUAGAUGGUGAAUUCCUCCCUGUUGAGCCAGAGAUGCUGUUUGAAAACAGUAAAGAUAUUGAUUAUUUGCUGGGUUGCAACAGUGGUGAUGCCCAUUUGUUCGUGUCUGCCUGGUUCCCUGGAGUGAAUAUCCCCUUUGGAAUUAGUCCGGCUAAAUUCCGAACAGCAGUAGAAAAGGGCGUGGGUUCCUUAGGUGAGGAUGUGAUGGAGUCAGUUAUAUUUGAGUACACUGACUGGGAGAAUCCAACACAGCUUUCUAGAAGACAGGGUUUGUCGCAACUGUAUACUGAUAUGGAAUUUUGUGCCCCAGCAUUUGGAUCUGCUCAGAAGCAUGCCGUGAUAGGCAGAAAUGCCAGCUGGACAUAUGUCUACCAGUUUUCAUACCCCUCAAGAAUGCCAAAUGUAAUCUGGCCAGAGUGGAUUGGUGCCCUUCAUACAGAAGAACUCCACUUUCUCUUUGGGAAACCUUUCUCCCUGCCACAGUGGUACAACCAACAGGAGAGGGAGUUGAGCCAGGCCAUGAUGAACUACUGGUCCAACUUUGCGAAAACAGGGAACCCUAACUAUCCUGUAUCAGUUCCUGUUGUCUGGCCGGAGCACAGCGUUGAGAAACAUUAUAUGGAUCUGAACGUGAACCUAACUGAAAGAAUCAGUGGGGAGGAACCUCAGACCAAAGCAGUUUGCAAUGUGGAAUGA